CAAGUUACUGAUUUGAUAAGAUCAAGUAGUUGUUACAUAAUUAUAAAAAAAUAUGAGUGAUUUCAAAAUGUUGCAAAUUAAGGAAGUAAAUAAAGAAGAAAAAGUAAAACAAAUACAAGAAAAAGAAGAGGAGGAGGAAGAAGAAAAUAUUGAUGAUGCUAGAAGUAUUGUGACUUUAAAAAAUAUAAUCUAUACACCAAAUUUGAAAGCCAAGCAUAUUCUUCAUAGUAGCAUUUUUCAUCCUCUGCUACAAGAAUGGCAAUCUAAGAGUUCAAAUAAUUAUGAUGCUUUUAAUCUUAUGUAUCCUAUAUUUGUGACUGAUGCAGAAAAUAUUGAAAUAGUUAAAAGUAUGCCUGGUGUAUAUCGCUUGCCACUUUGCUGGAUAGUAUCCUUUUUAGAACCUUUAGUUAAGGAAGGAUUAAAGUCUAUUUUAGUAUUUGGUGUACUGAAGAAUCUAUCAAAGGAUGUGGAUGGUUACCAUGCUGAUAGUAAAUACAGUCCUGUUAUUCAAGCUAUAGGCAUAAUCAAGGAUUAUUUCCCUAAUUUAGUAAUAGCCUGUGAUGUUUGUUUAUGUUCAUACACAUCUUUGGGACAUUGUGGUCUUGUCAGAGGUGAUGGUUCUAUAGAUAACAACGCCAGUAUUAAAAGAAUCGCUCAAAUUGCUCUUGCCUAUGCUAAUGCUGGCGCGCAUAUUGUUGCACCAUCUGAUAUGAUGGAUGGUAGAGUGGGUGCAAUAAAAAAUAUUCUGAUGGAUAACGAUUUGUCGCAUAAGGUAGCAGUCUUAUCUUAUUCUGCAAAAUUUGCGUCGUCAUUUUACGGGCCAUUCCGGAAGGUAUCCAACAGCGCGCCAUUAAUGGGCGAUCGCAAACGUUAUCAGUUGCCUCCCGGUAGCACCGGAUUGGCACUCAGAGCAGCCGCAAGAGAUGUAGAGGAAGGAGCGGACAUGCUAAUGGUGAAGCCAGGAUUACCUUACUUGGAUAUAAUCAAACGUAUAAAGGAUGCCCAUCCUGAAUAUCCUCUAUUUGUAUACCAAGUCUCAGGAGAAUACGCCAUGUUGCGACAUGCUGCGGAUAAAAAUAUAAUCAAAUUGCUGGAAACAGUGCAUGAAACAAUAUCCUGUAUGAGAAGAGCCGGCGCAGAUUGCAUCAUAACGUCCACGUUUGCGAAGGAGGACAAGGAAAAGGAAGACAUUGGUACGGUGAUAGGAAUUGAUUUGGGUACAACCUACUCCUGCGUUGGCGUAUACAAGAACGGCCGUGUGGAGAUCAUAGCCAAUGACCAGGGUAACAGAAUCACUCCUUCCUACGUGGCAUUCACCGCCGACGGCGAGCGCCUGAUCGGCGACGCCGCGAAGAAUCAGCUGACGACAAAUCCGGAAAACACUGUGUUUGACGCGAAGCGACUGAUCGGUCGCGAGUGGUCGGAUCCCACCGUGCAGCACGACGUGAAGUUCUUCCCGUUCCCAGUGAUUGAGAAGAACAACAAGCCACAUAUCAAGGUCGACACUAGCCAAGGCGAGAAGGUGUUCGCACCGGAAGAGAUCUCCGCUAUGGUACUAGGCAAGAUGAAGGAGACCGCCGAGGCGUAUCUCGGCAAGAAGGUCACUCACGCGGUGGUUACCGUCCCGGCAUACUUCAAUGACGCGCAGAGACAGGCAACUAAGGAUGCUGGGACUAUUUCUGGUCUGGUCGUAAUGAGGAUCAUCAACGAACCGACUGCCGCCGCGAUCGCGUACGGUUUGGACAAGAAGGACGGUGAGAAGAACGUGCUGGUGUUCGAUCUGGGCGGUGGUACCUUCGACGUCAGCCUGCUCACUAUCGACAACGGUGUGUUCGAGGUCGUUGCCACGAACGGAGACACUCAUCUGGGAGGCGAGGACUUCGAUCAGCGCGUAAUGGAUCACUUCAUCAAGCUGUACAAGAAGAAGAAGGGCAAGGACAUUCGCAAGGACAAUCGAGCUGUACAGAAACUGCGUCGUGAAGUUGAAAAGGCUAAGCGAGCACUCAGCGCCAGCCACCAAGUAAGGAUCGAGAUCGAAUCGUUCUUCGAGGGCGAAGACUUCUCUGAGACCUUGACUCGUGCCAAAUUCGAGGAGCUGAACAUGGACCUCUUCCGCAGUACUCUGAAGCCUGUGCAGAAGGUCUUGGAAGAUUCUGACAUGAGCAAGAAAGACGUGGACGAGAUUGUCUUGGUUGGUGGCUCGACUAGGAUCCCGAAAGUUCAGCAAUUGGUGAAGGAAUUCUUCGGUGGCAAGGAACCGUCGCGAGGCAUCAAUCCUGAUGAGGCUGUCGCUUAUGGCGCUGCCGUACAGGCAGGAGUGCUAUCUGGAGAACAAGACACGGAUGCGAUCGUACUUCUUGACGUUAAUCCUCUUACUAUGGGUAUUGAGACUGUUGGAGGUGUGAUGACCAAACUUAUUCCAAGGAAUACCGUCAUUCCCACGAAGAAAUCCCAGAUCUUCUCUACGGCGUCCGACAGCCAACAUACCGUCACGAUCCAGGUGUAUGAAGGCGAGCGUCCGAUGACCAAGGACAACCAUCUGCUCGGCAAGUUCGACCUCACUGGCAUCCCACCGGCGCCGCGUGGCAUACCGCAGAUCGAGGUAACCUUCGAGAUCGACGCGAACGGUAUCCUGCAAGUGUCGGCCGAGGACAAAGGCACCGGUAACCGUGAGAAGAUCGUCAUCACAAAUGACCAGAAUCGCUUGACACCCGACGACAUCGAGCGGAUGAUCAAGGACGCGGAGAAGUUCGCCGAUGACGACAAGAAGCUGAAGGAACGCGUGGAGGCGCGUAACGAUCUCGAGUCGUACACGUACUCGUUGAAGAACCAGCUGGCUGACAAGGAGAAGCUCGGCUCGAAGGUGAGCGACGAGGACAGGACCACGAUGGAGGAGGCGAUCGAGGAGAAGAUCAAGUGGCUGGAGGACAACCAGGACACUGAGCCGGAGGAAUACAAAAAACAGAAGAAGGAGUUGACUGACAUCGUUCAACCGAUCAUCACCAAACUCUACCAAGGGGCAGGUGGUGGCGUGCCACCGACUGGCGGCGACGAAGAGGAUCUCAAAGACGAGCUUUAACUGCAAGCUAACGACUCGCCCGUUUCGGCUCGCGAUAUAGACUGAUUAACUUCACCUCCCGAGCAAAUACUUUACAGAAAUACUGUUGAGACGUACGAGAGGUUGGAGUACAUUCACGAGACACGCCGCGUUCUCGCUGUGCAUUCAGUUGAAAUACGACUGUCUGGUUCUAACUUUCAUUUAAGUAACCUUUGUAGUGUACGAUAAACGUUAUAAGAUAAAGGAUAUAUAUAGGUCGUUCAUGGCGUCCGUUCUCCACUUGGAUCUAUCUAACGCGUCGAAAGUGAACGAGCAAACGCCACUCCACUCUGAUAGUGUAAGAGACGACAGGAGCUAAAUGUACAGUGAGAACGAAAGUCUUCGCCACGUUAAGUCUGCGUGCGUUCAAGGAAAGUGCGAGCGAGGAUGUCGAAAAGAAAUCAAUCGGGUUUUUUAAAUAUCUAUCAUUCAUAGCAUUACGUAGGGAAGAAUAUUAGUUAGUUAUGAUUGACCUAUAAUUAUGUAAAAAUACUAACUCUUUAUCUGUUGUACCCUCUUGCAUUUUCCUUAGUCGAGGAAAGUAGUCUUGUGGAAAGUGCUAGUCACUCGUGUGUGCUGUAGAAUGUAUUUAAUGAUGUGUCGGCAAAAUUCUGCGCCCGGCUGAGCCAAAAAAAACAUUUUAUGAAAUCGCGGAGUACGGUUUACAACAAAUGCAACAAAAUAUAACCGAGAUUUUAUCUCGUAGUUCAGUCGGUCGCGGGACAAGUGCUCGUUGAGUGUUCGGAAUCGGUCGUGUUCACGAGGCGAAUUUCGGACGUCGUAUCUACAACACCGUGUGUUCUUUAUUACGAAAUUGCGACGAGUCGCGAAGUACGACCCGCAUUUUUUCCGUGACGCUUUCUUCAUCUCACAUUGGUUUUCGAAUAUUUUUAUGAGAGAAGGGGCGACGGAGAGACGACGACGUGAAAUGUCUGGGAAUUGUCUCGUAAACGCAAUUAGCUAAUUCCAAGCACUGUGGAUUACUGGAGAUCCACCAGGAGAUCGUACGGUGACUACAAUAUACGGUGACAUCAUUCUGUAUCGUGUUUGCCAGGAGGAAUCACUUUGAUCCUCUCGAGAUCCAUCCGUCGGGAGGAGUCCGGAAGAGGGAGAUUUUCCCGACGCUCUUCUCGUUCUCCUUCUCCUAAAAACACACACAUACACAAACACAUAUACACACACACACACACAUCCAAUAUCGCGUCGUUAAUUUAUUUUGAAUUGUUUUAUAUGUUCCAUUAAGUCCAAUAAUCAAUAAUAAAACUCGUUACAAGUUUAUUCGAGUGUAUGCGUUUGGAAAUGGGAAUGAAUGAUAUGCGCGCGAGUAUUGCGGUAUUUACCAUGUAAACUCGUAAACUGCCGCCGGGCUACAUUGUACCGUGUACCGUGUAGCCGUAUAUGCGUAUGUGCGUGAAUGUUGCAAUAUGUAUCGGUAUCACAAAAAUAAAGAUUUUUUCAGUAAACGAAAACUUGCGAAAGCUCAAUAUAGCGGUAGCCCGUUCGACCCGUCGAGCGAGAGGGGUGACGUUACAUUAACAAAUUCGCACUGGGUUUUGAAAAAUUUAUUCAAGGAUCCAGUUGAUACUGUAACAAAAACAGCAGGGGAUUCAUAGACGUGGUAUACAAUUAAUUCCCUAUUAUAAUAUUUUUCUCAUCCGCCUGUUGGUUUCUUUUCUCGCCGAAAUACAAACGUUUUAACGACGAUAGUAACACAAUUCGCGCUCCUACGUGGAGUUUACUGACGUUCUCGCUUACACAGAGCAGUCCAAUCGCAAUUACGCUCUCACGUAACGUUUCGCGAAUUUACUUAGGUAUAAAAAUAAUAAUAUCGAAAUCGGGCACUUUUUUUUCUGCGCAUAUGUCGGUAGAAUGAAAAGCUUGUGGGCUGUGUCGGAGAUUAUAGCUCUACAAGACGCCGCAAAUCUGAGACCAAUUUUCGCAAGAAUCGCCGCUCAACUUCAAGCUUCUUCCACUUCACCGAGAACAAUGUAUCAUACGAAAUAUUCUAUCCUUUCGAUGAGCGUCAUUAGAAAGAGAGUAGUAAUCGUUAAUUUCACUAAUAAUAAACACACGCUGAUAAUUGAGGCACACGCGUGCGCGUAACGUUAUCUUCAGUCGUGUCGCGAAUAUGAAUUACACAAGAGACUGUUCUCGGCUGUUUUAUGUUUUAAUUUUUACGAUGUGUUAAUGAAAAAGCAGCGAAUGUGACGAGUGAUUUUCUCGAGCGAUUUUCAAUUCGCCGUCCGUCAAUUCCGUAGCUUUUCCGACGCAGCCUCACGAACGCCACGAUCGCGUUCCCAAUGUGAUUUCCAUUGUGAAUUCCGAUGCACGUAUUAUAACGAAUCGUAUCGAGUCGUACGCUUCACAAAAAUAUGAUCUACGAAUAAUAAUACUAUGUCCUUAUCGGGAAACAGAAAGUACCAAUUCGCAGCGAUGUAGAAUUCCGAGCGAUCGGUACAAAACGCCGAAACGGGCAGCGGAGCGAGUGAACGGUGCUAUUGUUGGUCUGCGAAUCAAUCACGUUUCACCUCGCCCACUCACAGCAGAUUUCUGUAUGUAUAAAAAAGUAAGGCCAAACGAUAGGCAUUCAGUGCGUGAAUCACGAACCAGAAGGACAAUUUUCGUUGUAACUCACAGAGUUAGUACAAUUCGCUUUGCUAUUUUACACUGUGAACAAGUAACGAGGUAUUUCAUUGCGGUUUGUACAAUAGAGUUGCAUAUACAUCGUUUUCCUUCUA